UCGCACCAACUACGGCGGCGGCGGUGCCGGAAUGGACCGGUGGACGGGCGUCCUCCACGUCCCGCUCUCCCGAGGCGGCCCUCCCUUCCGCGUCGCCGCCUCGCUCGUCCUCUCUCCGGCCAAAACCCUCGCCGUUCCGUGCGCCAACGCGAUCCUCUUCACGGGCGACCGCGUACGGGGCAGCGGGGAGCCGGCGAUCGAUCGGCUGUCCGACGCCGCCUACCUCGCUCGGCUCCUCGCCGGGAAGCUCACCGGGGAGGCCAACGCGUGGGUGGUGGAUGCCGCCUGCCUCGCUGGGUCGUUUGCAGUUUACCGGGAGCUCGUUCCGUCCGUGAACGCCAUGGGCGACCCUAAGCGGUAUGACCCCACUGGCUUCCCGGCGGCGGCUGGGAUUACCAACAUCUUAGCACAUUGCAUUCGCGAGGGUUCAGCAGGCAAUCAGGAUCCUGCAGCAUCACUGUUGUCAUACUGUCCUCCGAAGACUGUCAUCCUUGGGUUCAGUAAGGGAGGAGUUGUUGUCAACCAGCUUGUGACAGAACUUGCUUGUUUGGACUCAGAAUCAGCAAAAAUAUCAGUUGAUGUUUCACGAUCAAGCCCUCCUGUUUUAACGUGUAAUCUCCUUGUUCCUGUUUCAGCUACUGAGUUUUUGUCUAGUGUGUCUGAAUUUCAUUAUGUGGAUGUUGGCCUCAAUCGUGCUGGAGCAUACAUUACUGAUCAUGCAGUGAUCAAGGAGAUAGCAAAUUAUGUUAUACGUAAUAGUAUGAAUAUCCGUUUUGUCCUUCAUGGUACUCCAAGGCAGUGGUCUGAUCCCAACCGCUCAUGGAUCCAGAUGGAGAAAGACAUAAUGCUGCAAUUGCUUCAAGAUGAAGCUCAAAGGUGUGAAGGGAGACUUUUGCUAUCCGAAAAGAGAUAUUUUGAUGGCAAACCUCGUAGUCUGCUCAUGCAUUUUGAAAUUUUGGAAGUAAUGGAUAUAGGCUGACUCUCCAUGUAAACGAUCUGUAGCUUUGUACUCCCUUCAGGAACAUGUAAAGAAUACCAGAAUGUGAAUAUAUCCGAGGGUCUUCGAUACUUUCAUCCGAGCUGACUUCACGAUGUCUCAUUCCAUCAGUUGUUUUGUAUACCUAGGGAGAACCAUCAAUCAACUUGAAUUCCUCAUGUCUAAUGAUCCAUGAAAUAUGUCAAAAUAUGUUCUGUACUUACCUACCUUUCCAUUUGGGAUAAAUGUCCACGCUGCACC